CGAGCGCUGGAUAUUAUACUGCAGCUCUAGGUGACACGUAACGAAAGGUACGUUCAGGGCCUUCCUAAACUUGACAUGAACAAGUUAUAAAGACGUAUUUCCAUAAUGUAAGUAACGCGACAAAACUUCGACCGACUACGAGGACCGAAUUCAAGUCAAAUUCAUCUCUGGAAACUUUGCAAAAAAAAAAAAACCCUCGAGACUUUUCGAAAGACAUUACAGACAGAAAUGCGUUAUUUUUUCGUAGCAUCUGGAAAUACAUUUUUUCAUGAGGAAUCUCGGAGUUGUCUCGGUACUGAAGGGUAAGGAGGGAACCAUUCCCAGGAAACUUUCUGUGGACUCCAGGAGGACGGCGAUCAUGGGCAGCGGCGUGUGCUCCAGGAAGCAGAAGAAGAUUUUCCAGUCGCUCUUACUGGUCACGGUGGUUUUCGGUAUGAUUUAUGGUGGGAUGGUGUCUUAUGAGAUGCACAAACAGCUGAACAGGACAGAAGCUCUGGCAUUAAAAUACCAGCAGCACCAGGAGUCUCUCUCAGCUCAGCUUCAAGUUGUUUACGAGCAUCGCUCCAGGUUGGAGAAAUCUCUUCAGAAAGAGCGUCUGGAUCAUAAAAAAGCUAAAGAAGAUUUUCUUGUGCACAAACUAGAAGCCCAACAGUCCCUCAACAAAGACAAGCAAGAUGCCAGCGUCAGGUUUAACUCUCUGCAUUCUCAGCACCAGAUAUUAAAGAAUCAACAUGAUGAUCUUAAAAAACAGUAUUAUGAACUACAAGAGCGACAUCAGCUACAAGGAGACGAACACAACAGGGCGGUAGAUGAACACAAACAGAAACUAGAUGAACUUCAUCAGGCCAAAGCAUCUGAGGUUUCUAAACUCCAAGAGAAUGUUUAUAACCUGCGUGAGGAGAACAAGCAGUUGAGAAAAGCCCAUCAGGACAUCUAUGUCCAGCUUCAGGAUAACAGGCAACAGCACAAGAACUUGAAAUCGUCCCACGACCAGCUUGUGUUGACCCUGGAGGACCACAAGAGUGCGCUAGCAGCAGCCCAGGUUCAGGUGAAUGAAUAUAAACAGCUGAAGGAGACUCUGAAUAAGAUGCCCAGCAUGAGACGGACCGCAGCUCAACCUCAGCAACACGUGGAUGCUCAAACUGUGCAGCCGAUGCAGAACAGAGCACCUGCUCACCCUGAAGAGCAUCAUCAGCUCCAGGAAACCCAUCGACAGCCGGAGAAACAGGAGUUGGAGAAGCCUCAGUCGCACCACAAGGAUGAAGAUGGAGACGUGGGAGGAGCAGAAGAGAGGAGGAGAGAGCUCGCGGAGGAGGAGAUGGAGCAGGCGGGGCAGCCUCAGAAACUGGACGAGGAGGAGUUUGAUGUGGCCCAUAAUGAGGUGGAGGGGGAGGAGCCUCAGGCCGACCAACCAGAUGAGAACGCAGUAGAGCGAGAGAAACGCGCUCGAGAGUCUCACCCCCAGGUGGCGCCGGCAGAGGCUCAGGUGCAGCACGCGCAGGUGGAGCGGGUGAAGUCUGCGUACGAACAGCAGCAGGAGCAGCAGCGUCUGGCUGCGCAGCUGGCAGAGGAGCGCAGACAGCUGCAUCUGCGUCAGGAGGCUCUGCAGAGACAGCAGUUACAACAGCAGAGAGAGAGAGAGGAGCGACUGCGUCUGCAGAGAAAGAGAGAGGAACAACAGAACAGAGAAGCUGACCUUAAAGAACAACAACUCCAACAAGAGAUGCUCAGGAAGAGGGCACAUUAUGAGAACAUGGAUGCUGAUGUAGUCCAAGGAGAGGAAGAAGCACAUAUCACAGAGGAGAAAGAGAGGAACAAACAUCAAGAAGAACCGAAGCAUGGUGGAGAGGAGCAUGUUCUCCAGGAGGAGAUAGAGCACACUGUAGAAGCAGAUGUUGACCCUGAGAAUGACCCUAACAAUCAGGGCGAGGAUGAGUUCGAGGAGGCGGAACAGCAGCAGCAUGGUGAGGCAGAGGAGGAGGAAGAGCCGGUACCCGUGGGACACAUGCACCUGCCCAAUAAGAAUGAACAGCAGCCCGCUGAGGAACAGCUGGUGAUUGCUGGAAACCCAGACCAGCAGGAGGACAAUCUGGAUGAGCAGUACCAGGAGGACGGAGAUGAUGAGGCUCGGGACGAGCUGAUGGAAAACCAGAAGCGUGAGGUGGGGAGAGAGGAAGAGGGAGACCCCUAUAAUGAGGAGAAUGGAGAACAGGAAGAUGCCCGACAUCAUGAUGCAGCGGUGAAGGAAGGUAAAAGCCCCGCUCAAGAUCCAAAUGAGGAGAACUACGAAGAGGAAGAGGAGGGCAACGCAGGUCAGGCAGCCAAUGGCAGGGCAGAAAUGUGAGCCGUUGGGAAGGAAGGACAGCUGGAUUUAGAUCCUUUUGAACAUGGAACCAGAUGCGUUGGCUAGUUCUGAUGAAUAAGAAACAUGUUCCUGAUCUGGUCUGCGUUAGUCAAACUAAGAUGCACGAAAGCAGCGCUGACCACUAACAGACCGGACGCCCUGCUGUCUGUCUUUGCGGUUUGUUCAAUUUAAAUACAUACGUUCGGCUUUUUAACCGACGAUGCAGGUUUCUUUGCGCGGAUUUUAAAAGCGCAGAUUUUGGGAAAGAUUUCCCAGGUGAAACUUUUCAUUUGACAUUGACAUUAUUAUUGAAUCAUGUCUUUCCUCGCAGCUGCGCGUGUCUUUGAAUGAAUAUUGUAAAACUAUUUUAACAAGACAUAGCUUUUCAAAUGGGUGAAUCUUCCAUUCAGCAUUUUGGAAAUAAUGUCAUAUUUCUCCCGAAAAUCUGUAUUUUACAAGGAAAUGAUUCACACAAAAGAAACUUCAGCACUGAAUGCUCAAUUUGCCAAACGCUCACGCCCAUCGGCCACAUUUCACUCAACCCUGAGUGAAAAUAUGUUGUCAAGGAAUAAUAAUGCAUCAUCAGUGUGAUUUGACAUUACACAUUCAUGUAGUGACGUCUAUAGAGCCAAACAGGAUGUAGUGACGUCAUUCAAGCACGCAAGUGUUGCUGUCGGCAAUUUUAAAUGACAUUUUUAUCUUAGAUUUGUGUUUACUGUACCGUAAAUCACUGCAUUUCUUCAGUUUUCUAUUUUAAACCAAGUGCCUCUUGCCAAGAUGCUUCGGCUACUGACCUCUCAUUCGGAGGUCUCCUUUACGGUAACACAUUUGCCUUUUGUUUUUUAUUCCUUACUGCCAAGUCAAUUCACAUCUGCCAACUAGUAUUCUAGUAUAAACUAGUAUUAGUAUUCAAAGCUAAUGGGCCUAAAAGUCUUACCUUUAACAUUUAAGAUCAGACAGUCAAGAGUUUAAUGGCACAUUGAAAGAGAAUUGAUACAGACAUAAUGAUCAGAUAUUUGAGGAGUAAAAAACAGUUGCACGAUUUACACACGAUUAUUUGUCCAGAAUAUAUGCUGAAUCACUACAAUAAUGGAAUAUCGUAUUUAUUUUGUAUUUGUUCUGUUUUAUAUAUCAUCUUUCUUCUUUUUUAUUGUCCAGACACAGGAUUUUUAGACUGGAUAGUUGAUGUAAUUUUUAUGAAACCAACUUUCUGUUUAUUACAUUGUAUUUAAAUAAAUGUAUCUAUAUGUGUAUACACUUUUGUAAACGUGAAAUGUAUCCUUUAUGAAAGGUUAUUCACUGAGAAAAAUGUGUGCCAUCUUGUUGAUCAUGGCAUGUGAGCAAAAUAAAACUUGGUGGAAGGGU